AUGCUGCUGAAUUGCGCUGGCGAGAAUGCUAGUGGCUGUCAGCUGGUGCUGGCUGUCUGCAAUGAGUUCGUGCAUGGCGGCCAUGAGAGCGGAAAUCGCAGCCGCCUGAGCCCGAUUGUCUGCGUUCACUUCAACUGCAGUGAACAGAAUGGCCUGGAAUUCCAAACAGAUAAUCCCUCUUUCGACGUGGAAUCUGAUGGAAGGGUUCUUAUUAGUGACGUUCCACCAACAAACCAAACCAGCUUUACCAUUGUUGCAUUUAACAAGGCAGAAGACACAUGGAAAACAGCCGUUACUGUCCUAAUAAAUGGUGUAAAGGUGCAAGGUUCUGCAGGGGACAAGUCAGAUGUGCCAGUGUUCAUGUUCCCUUCACGGUUUUCUCAUUCUGCGUUGAGACGAAGGAAGCGAGAUUGGGCGAUUCCAGUUACCAAGCAUCCAGAAAAUCAGAGAGGACCUUUCCCAAAGGAUCUUGUACAGAUCAAGACCGAUCGGCAAAGAGAAACGAAAGUAUAUUACUCUAUAAAAGGCCCAGGAGCUGAUCAGCCACCUAUCGGUGUUUUUACUAUAAACAAAAACGACGGUAAAAUUGUUGUGCAUAAACCUUUAGACAGAGAAGAAAGAGACAAAUACAGGCUGACAGCUCAUGCACUUGAUGAAAAUGGGGUUGAGGUUGAAGAAGCAGUGGAAGUUGUCAUCGAAGUCAUUGAUAUGAAUGAUAAUAGGCCACAAUUUAUUGCUCCAACUUUCUAUGGCAAGGUGGUAGAAGGAGCUAGACCAGGUACGGCAUUCAUGAAUGUGACAGCCACAGAUGCAGAUGAGGAAGAUAAUGCUAAUUCUAUAAUCAAAUACUCCAUUGAGAGUCAAAAUCCAGUCACUCCUGAUUCACAGAUGUUUACAAUCAGUUCAACAAGUGGACUGAUCAGUGUGCUGCGUCCAGGUCUGGACCGGGAGACAGUGGAUAAAUACACGCUUAUUGUUCGGGCAGCAGAUAUGGAAGGUGAAGGAAUGUUGACCAGUGCCACAGUAAUAAUCACAGUCGUCGACGCAAAUGAUAAUGCCCCACAAUUUGAGACUCCAUCGGUUACUGUCGAAGCUCCUGAAAAUGAAGUGGAUUAUGAUGUGUCGAGACACAGUGUAACUGAUGCUGACCUGAUUUACACACCGGCCUGGAAAGCGAAUUUCAGUAUAACCUUUGGAAAUGAGAGAAAACAGUUUACAAUUUUUACUGACCCACAGAAUAAUGGAGUCCUUAGAAUUGUGAAGCCUUUGGAUUUUGAGAAGAACAAACAACAUGUGGUGAUAAUUGAAGUAAAGAAUGAGAUACCAUUUGUCGAUACCAUGCCACUGUCUUCAGCUACAGUAACCAUCAACGUGCGUGAUGUCAACGAAGCUCCAAUAUUUCAUCCAGAAAUCAAGAACGAUAAGCAGCCUGAGAAUCUACCAGUUGGGAGUACAGUAACUACAUGUAAGGCAAAUGACUCUGACUCUGCUCAGGAGCAAACUGUCAGCUACCGGAUGGGAAGUGACCCAGCACACUGGUUUGAAAUUGAGCCGGAGACUGGCAUCGUUAAACUCAUCAACCCUAUGGAUAGAGAGUCAGAAUUUGUUAAAGACAGCAUUUAUACUGCAAUGGUCCUUGCUUCUGAUAAUGGGAGUCCACCUGCCACUGGUACUGGGACCAUUCUUCUGCAGCUUGAAGAUAUCAAUGAUAAUCCGCCCAUUGCUACUUCACUUUUGAAACGUGUGUGCAAUGAAGAUCCUGUCCCUGUGAAUGUGACCAUUGUAGACAAAGACAUCCCACCCAACACUUCUCCUUUUGUGGUUACACUGGUUCAUGGAGCUGAAAGAAACUGGAAAAUUGAAUCAACAGAGAAUCCUCACGUGAAGCUGUUGAAGCUGAGGAAUAAAAUUGAACCUAAUACGUAUGAGGUCCCUCUCAGAAUAACAGAUAGUGGGACACCACAACUCAGUCAGGUUACAGGAUUGCAAGUGGAAGUGUGCGACUGUGAUAAUGGUGCUUGUAGCCAGAGGAUUGCUGGUGCCGCCUUUGGCUUCCCUGGCAUUUUGGCUAUUCUGGGUGCUAUCUUGGCUUUGCUGAGUGAGUAUCAUUUGCUUACAAUUUAAAACAAUCAAUCUUA